GAACUGACGGCCGUCUUCUUGCGAGAAACUGUCGCCGGUGUCUAUGCGGCAUGGGCUUGCAGCAUCCUCGUUCUGCAUCCGGACCAUCGAGCAGCGUUUCUCUGGUACGAUGACUACUGGGAUGAUCCGCUGAUGCGAAGCUGCCCGCAGAGAACUGCAGCGGAAUGGGCCAGUGAGGAGGCCACCGGCAGCUGGAGCUUGGACGGGGCGGAUCUUGCCGCCAAUGCUUUCGAAGGUUAUCUGGGUGAUGAUCUGCAUCUGACCGCCAAAGUUACAAGAAGCCCAGAGGCUCUAAAGCAAGGCAUCUCCGAGAUCAUGCUAGUCACCAAGCUAUAUCACAAGUUUACCGGCGAUGCAGAGAGGAGCACCGAGCCAGAAGAGAAAGAGUUUUACAGAGUGUGCCAUUUCGACGGCGAACCUGCCGUUCACCUUGAUGAACAUGGUUCAGGGAAGCGGGCAGACCCUGCUGCAACCUGA